AUGAAUGAAGCACGAGAAGGGGCGAUCAGACUCCCAGGGGACACUCCUCUUGGGUUCAACGUUGUUGCGGACUGGAUGUACUUCGACCAGGUGAAGAAACCGGAGUCAUCAGACGACAUCUUCGGCAUGCUGCACGCGUACGUGCAGGCCGACAAGUGGUGCAUGAACAUGUUGCAGAACGCCAUUAUCGACAGAUUCCUGGAAAACUGGAAGUACAAGGUCCUCCACCCGGCACACAUGGCCUGGGCGGCCAGACAUGUACCCGACGGCACCAGCUCUCGAAGGUCUUGA